AUGUGGAAGGAUGCAUCACAGACCAGCUACCCGUCCCCUGGAAGUUACCAGCUUUUCCAAGGAGGGACCGCUCUCGGCGGUGGGCGGAGACAGGCAGACACGGCCCCGCCCCCGGGGGGCUCCGCCUCCAGGCCACACUUCCGCCGCGGCAGCGUCCGGCGGCGGCGCUGCCGUAAGUGGGGCCGGCUGUUUGCCGCAUCACGGAAGAUGGCGGCGGCGGCGGUGAACGGGGCCACGGGCCUCUCGAGCUCUGGGCCCACGGCGGCCGCGGGUGCCGUUUUGCAGGCAGCGGCCGGCAUGUACGAGCAGCUCAAGGGCGAGUGGAACCGUAAAAGCCCCAAUCUUAGCAAGUGCGGCGAAGAGCUGGGCCGUCUCAAGCUGGUUCUCCUGGAACUCAAUUUCCUGCCAACCACUGGGACCAAACUGACCAGACAGCAGCUCAUUCUGGCCCGUGACAUCCUGGAGAUCGGAGCCCAGUGGAGCAUCCUUCGCAAAGACAUCCCGUCCUUCGAGCGGUACAUGGCCCAGCUCAAGUGCUACUACUUUGAUUACAAGGAGCAGCUUCCUGAGUCUGCCUACAUGCACCAGCUCUUGGGCCUCAAUCUCCUCUUCCUGCUGUCCCAGAACCGGGUGGCCGAAUUCCACACGGAGCUGGAACGGCUGCCUGCCAAGGACAUCCAGACCAAUGUGUACAUCAAGCAUCCCGUGUCCCUUGAGCAGUACCUGAUGGAGGGGAGCUACAACAAGGUGUUCCUGGCCAAAGGCAACAUCCCAGCUGAGAGCUAUACCUUCUUCAUCGACAUCCUGCUCGACACCAUCAGGGAUGAGAUUGCGGGGUGCAUCGAGAAAGCCUAUGAGAAAAUCCUCUUCACUGAAGCCACCCGCAUCCUCUUCUUCAGCACCCCCAAAAAGAUGACAGAUUACGCCAAGAAGCGUGGGUGGGUCCUGGGCCUCAACAACUACUACAGCUUUGCCAGCCAGCAGCAGAAGCCGGAAGAUACGACCAUCCCCUCCACGGAACUGGCCAAGCAGGUGAUCGAGUAUGCGCGACAGCUGGAGAUGAUCGUCUGAGCCCGCUGGCUUGGGGCCGGGCCUAGGCCAGCACUGAAGUUCCGGGCAAGGCUUCUUCCAAUAAACGGAUUGACAUCCUUUCUCAGGCCCUUGUCUCCCCAGGAACACGAGAAGACAGGUUCCUAACUGAAAUGGAGAUUUGGGGGCUGUGGGUGGCGGUGUCAGCCUCUGUUCAGUGGUCUUUCUGAAGACUUCAGACACACCUGCCCUCUGCCCAGGGCCUGUUGGCACUGUGACCCGUGGGGGUGCCCGGUGUGGGAGGAGGGACUGCAGGGCCACUGCAGACUUGCAGGAAGGCCAGCCUGAGGCACCACUUUUUUUUUUUUUAAUUUUUUUAAUUUUAAGCCAAGGAGUGGUGUUGCCAUCCCCAAAAAUGUUUGCAAUGAAUGAGAAAAAUGAUUAAAACUUGUGAAACAGAA